AUGUUCACCCACUUCCUCGGCCACCCCAUCCGCUUCGCCAUAUCCACCCUGAAAAUAACAUGCCUCGCCCACCUCACCCUCACCCAGCUCAUUCAAAUAUCACCCGCUCAAGGCCCAUCCAUGCUGCCCACCUUCACCGUUGACGGGGACUGGAUCGCCGCAGACAUGCGACACCGUCUGGGCCGUGGCAUCACCACAGGGGACUUGGUCCUGUACAAGAUCCCCAUAUUCGCGAACCAGAAUGGCGUCAAGAGAGUUGUCGGUAUGCCAGGCGAUUAUGUAUCGCUGGGGACGCCCGGAGAAAGGGGCGAGGAUCAGAUGAUACAGAUACCCGAGGGUCAUUGCUGGAUAGUGGGUGACAAUCUACCGGCGUCCCGAGAUUCACGGCAAUUCGGGCCCUUGCCACUUGCUCUCGUUCAAGGCAAGGUCGUUGCCAAGCUUCUCCCUUGGCGUGAGCGACAAUGGUUCGGCAGUGGACUCCAAAGGAUUGACCAUGAAUAG